UAUAUUUUUCCGUAACAAAACUGUAACAAAAAAUGUUCACUGAUACAGGAUAAAAACAUUUAUCAAGGCUGUUAUUGUACAAUUAAAUCUCCAAAAACGAAUUACAAAUAUGAAAUUGGUUUUAACGCCUGAAGUAGAUAUGUUGACCGUGUCAAAAAGCUCUAUAAACCAGAGAAAACUCAUCUUGAACUUUGCGCCCAGAAUUGGUUUGACAAUGGUAAACUAUACUAAGUUGGAAAACAUCGAUUUUUUUUACCUAGAAUGCCAAAAUUUUCGAGACUAUAAUCGUGAUCCAUACGACAAACUCUCAAAACCUGAGGUAUUUAAGAAGCACUAUGGGAAAUGUGAACGAAAGCAAAUUGAUAGAAACUCUAUUUUAUUAAGUUUGCCGGUUACAUCGGUUCAAGAGAAACAGCCAGUAGUGUAUCCUAUAAAAUAUGGAGGCGACUUACAUUUAGAAGAAAAAAUUCGGUUGGGUGGACAAUAUGACCCCAAAUCUUGCAUAAAAUAUAAACGUUGACACUGUAGCCAAAUAAAAUAUAUUUGAAUGCCUAUAUACGAACCGCUCGUAUGUACAUUUUUCUUAAGAAAAGCAUAUAACCAAUGAUUAAAACUUGUUUGCAACUUUGAAUACGGCUUAAAUUCUAUCAAAGGUAUACUGAAAAGUAUGUAAA